AUGGCAUUUCACCAGCCACUGUUAGAUUUAUUAACAGCACGUCAGGUACAAAAGAUUUAUACUGAUGUUGGAAGCGGAUCACGCACAGAUAUCAGUGUGUGGCAAGCUAAAUUAGAGUCCAUCCCUGAAGGCGCUUACAUAGUGGGGCAGGUUGCUGUCCCUGCCUACGUAAGCACAAUUCCCGUAUCGUCUGUGAUUCUUGUGAAGCCCUUGGUCCAGAGCGACGGCUAUGGCAGUCUCAUCAUGAAGCCGCAAGGUUACGAGCUGAUCUGGGACGACAGGGGCACGGGUGGCGAACAGGAUGGCUCAUUCUGGCGUGUUCUACCACCUUAUGGCUACAUAGCGUUGGGAGAUGUUGCUUGUGAUGGCUAUGAUGCUCCUUCCUCGCAAUUCACAGACAAGUACGCGUGCAUUCGACAAGAUUUGGUGUGUGACGGAGUGGUGGAUCCCACACCACUCUGGACGGAUGUGGAGUCAGGCGCAUCCAAGAAUGUAUCAAUCUGGAACGUCAGUGGCAACGGUGUGAGUGGAUUCUUCAAAGCUCAGGAAGGCUUCAGCAGGCCAUCUUACCCGAUGUCGGUGCUGUGUGGAGGCCCGUUCUGGGCAAAGUUGAAAUAA